UUCACAUCCGCAAAUCAAAUCAAAAACGUCGAAGUGUCGCCACGCAUUGUCUUGCUUUGAAUGUCCCUUUUUUUUUGAUCCAUGGUUCCAAAUUUUGUACGUGAAGAGCAUUUUUCUGUAAUCGGGGACUGGUUUAGCUUCGACGGCGGUCAAAUUGGAGCUCUGUUUUACGCGUCAUCUGGUUGUCUUGUCCGCGCAAAGACGCCCUCAACGGAUAAGUCUUUUCUGAAUUGUCCUCUGAAAGGCUGCGCCCAUGUUUCGUUGCCAGGUACUCUAGGAUCGUACUCGAAAGAAAUGGACUCUGGAAGAAGCCUUUGUGGUGACUAUCUAUUAAGGGACUACCGCGUCAAAUUGUCACGCUGUUCGAGCUUACAGUGUUUCUACCACAGGUGGCACAGUAUCGAUGGAUACCGUUCGACCUCGUUCUGAAUGUCGAAAGAACUGAAAGAUUGGACACCGACACCUUGUGUAAUCUCAAUGGACGCGACGUUUCUCUCUUUGGCUUUGUCUAAUGGCAUUGUUCGAAGGGCUAACAAAGCCAACA